AUGCAGGCUGUUGGUGCAUCUCGCACGGCGGCGGUGUCGGCCCCCCGCACCUGCCAGCGCAACGGCAACGCCCCCUCGGUGGCCCCCUGCCGCUGCCCGAGCUGCCUGCGCGCCGCCUCGCACGUCUGCCACGCGGCCGCCACCACGGGCACCGCGGUCACCCGCCCCCAGGGCGAGGAGGGCGUGAAGCGUGCCGCUGCGCCGGUCCGUGGCGCCUGCGGCAAGUGCGGCUGCUCGCCGCUCGCGACGUCGCUGCACUGCGGCAACUGCACCUGCCACGGCUCCGCGUCGCACGUCUGCCGCGCCGCCGCGACGGAGGUCGCUGCCGCUCACGAGGCCCAGGUCCCCGCCGGCGCGGACGAGGCCGUGACGGCCGCGCACGCCUGCCGCAAGUGCGGCUGCUCCUCGCUGGCUGCGUCCCUGCACUGCGGCGCCUGCGAGUGCCACGCCUAA